AGCCCUGCCGCUGGAGCCCUGGAGGCCAGGCCCGGCCGCUCCCGGCCCCGGGGGGCACGUCGGCCCGGCCGCUGGGCUCGGGAAACCAGCGCCAUCGCCGCUCAGGACGUCCCAGCUUCCCACCUUGCUCCCGGGCCUCCUCCCAGCUCGUAGGACAGGCCCAGUGGCCACCAUGCGCCCGCCUUGGGCCGCCUGUGGCCGCGGCCUGGCGUGGGGGCCCCUGGUGCUGGGCCUCUGCGGACUCCUGGCUGCAUCCCAGCCCCAGCUGAUACCCCCCUACGGCUCUGAGAACCAAACCUGCUGGGACCAGGAAAAGGAGUACUACGAACCCAAGCACCAGCUCUGCUGUUCCCGCUGCCCCCCAGGCACCUAUGUCAAAGCCGAAUGCAAUCACAGCCAGGACACGACUUGUGCCACAUGUGCCGAGAACUCCUACAACGAGCACUGGAACCACCUGUCCAUCUGCCAGCUGUGCCGGCCCUGCGACUCUGUGCUGGGCUUCCAGGAGAUCGCGCCGUGCACCAGCAAGCAGAAAACCCAGUGCCGCUGCCAGCCCGGGAUGUUCUGCGCCCACUGGGCCCUUGAGUGUGUAUACUGCGAGCCGCUUUCAGAGUGCCCGCCUGGCACCGAGGCUGAGCUCAAAGAUGAAGUUCCCGAGGCCAACAACAAUUGCAUCCCCUGCAAGGAAGGCUACUUCCAGAACACCUCCUCCUCCAGCGCUCGCUGCCAGCCCCACACCAGGUGUGAGGACCUCGGCUUGGUGGAGGCAGUCCCAGGCACCGCCCAGUCUGACACGACAUGCCAAGACCCAUCUGAGCCGUUGCCAGGGACCGUGCUGGUGCUGGCCAUCCUGCUGCCACUGGUGUCCUUUCUGCUGCUCACCAUCCUCGCCUGCACCUGGAAGAGCCUCCCCUCCCUCUGCAGGAAGCUGGGAUCCCUGCUCAAGAGGCACCCAGAGGGAGAGGAAUCCCCCUCCUGCCCCCCUCCAAGGGUCAACCCACACUUCCCUGACCUGGUGGAGCCGCUUCUGCCCGUCUCUGGAGACUUGUCUCAGGCCUCUGCCGGGGCCCCGGCCACCCCAGGCCUGGAGGAGGUGGUGCUGCAACAGCAGAGUCCCCUGAGCCAGGCCAGAGAGCUGGAGGCUGAGCCUGGGGAGCAGGGCCAGGUGGCCCACGGUGCCAACGGCAUUCAUGUCACCGGCGGCUCUGUGACUGUCACUGGCAACAUCUACAUCUACAACGGGCCAGUACUAGGGGGAGCGCGGGGCCCUGGGGACCCACCAGCUCCCCCCGAGCCUCCGUACCCUAUUCCUGAAGAGGGCGCUGCAGGCCCUCCCGGGCUGUCUACACCCUACCAGGAAGACGGCAAAGCUUGGCACCUGGCCGAAACAGAGCACUGGGCUGCCACUCCCUCUGACAGGGGCCCCGGGAGCCAACUGUUCACCUGUGCUUUAUGGUGUCUGGGAAGGAGCAAGGAGAAGGGAGGCACGAGAGCACCUUCUCCCCGGAGGCUUUGCCGGGCCUGGGUAGGACCCUGAGCGCACAGCCCUAAGGGAUCAGGCCUGAGACCUCUUGGAGAGCAGAGCUGGGCACCAGCUGGGUACAGUGCCCGCCGCGGGACUCUCGCCACUGCCUGGGCAAGCCUGACACCCCACUGCAGACCCGCCACCUGCUGGGGCUGCACCAGCUCAGCCUCAGCCCUGGACGGGGUGAGCAAGGCUAACGGCUGCCCCUCAGCACUCUGCACCUUGAACGUGGCACAGGAGGUGCCAGCGCAUGGCCACCUGCACCGGCGCCACCAGGAGCUCUGGCGGAUUUGUGGUGCUCACCCCCGAGUCCCGUGGCCCUUGGAGGACCCACGCUUCACGUGGACUGAGGUAGAUCCUGCGUGGGGCGAGGUUAUGAGGAAGACGCCCCCGCCCCCCCCCCCCCCCCCCCCGCAGCACUUAGUGGAGAGGAAAGGGAGUGAACAGAAACUGGAGGUUGGGUCGGGUUGGUGGGGUUGGGGAGAGUUAGAAGGGGGGGGAACAGCAAGUGUAUUUAUAAAUUGUAACCACGUGCAAAUAAAGAAGAAGCUGAGACCCAGAUGAUUUUUGUACACUUAAAAAAAUUUUUAUUAAUAUAAAAAGAAC